AUGCACAUCAGAUGGAGUUAAGUGUCUUGUUAAAGGAGCUUGUAAUAGUUACACAACUUAAGAGCUUAUAAUGAUACUGAAGGAUCUUGCUUCUGGGUUGCAACUGAUGCUUCUGGAAGUUGCAGAACCAAGAUCUGCUCUGAUAUUCCAAAUUGUACAACAACCUAAGCUUGUUAAGGAGUUGCUAAUUGUGUUUCAAAUAGAACCGCUUAUAUUGCUAAAGCUAACUGUUCAACAUACACUACCAAAACUGCUUGCAAUUCCAAAGGAACCGAUGGUAUUUGUGUUUGGACUGAAACUACCACUGGAGGAACCACAAAAGGAAAAUGCUCUUUCAUGACUAGUUGCACUUCAGCAGCAGGUAAUACUAAUGCUUGCACAUAAGCUAAUGAUAGAUUUUAAAUGAACUCAAAAAACAAACAUUGUGCUGAUCACACUUGUCUUACAUAUACUACUUAAGUCCUAAGUUGCAAAUACUUCUACACUUGGGAUUAAAAGAAAUCCAACGCUUGUUCAACAGUCAACGGUGCCUGCACUACUACUAAUGCUGAUACAUUAAAAGAAGGGGAUUGCUAUACUUUGAAAGCAUAUCUUUACUGA